GUAAUGGACAAAUUUAGGAUACUAAGUGAUAUUAUAGUAGCAUUUCCCAUGCAAUCUAUGGCCACCUAUUUUAUGAUAAGUGGUUUGCUUCAAGCAAAUGGACAGGUAGGCCGCCAUUCGCAUGGGACGGGUAGCACUUCAGCCGUAAAUUAUUUGUUUUCGAUCCGCAAAAUCGUUCGCCGAUUCGUACGCCUAAUGCCUUCCGUCGGCGCUGUCAUUGCCUUUACCAUCCUUUUAGAGGUGUUGGGGUCGGGGCCCGUGUGGCACCAGUAUAUCAAUAUUAACUCUGGAACUUGUCAUCACAAUUGGUGGGCCACCAUGCUCAAUUUGAAGCCGUUUGAUGGAAUGCGCACGUUAUUAAUGCGCAUAUCUGUCUAUUAUUUAUACGUAGUGUAUUGGAGUAACAUGGUCAUCACGAGUCGAAUGGCAACUUUUCCUAAUUUCACCUUUAUUAGUAGCACCAACACACCGGGGAACGGGAUGUAG